AGAGGUGCGGGGCGUGAUCGCUGGCGGCUCUUCUUCAGCCUGCUCUUCCUUCUCCUUGUCUGGCGCGGCGAUGAAGCUGAGCCGGCAGUUCACCGUCUUUGGCAGCGCGAUCUUCUGCGUGGUGAUCUUCUCGCUCUACUUGAUGCUGGAUCGGGGUCACUUGGACCACCCCAAGAACCACCGCCGCGAGGGCUCCUUCCCCCAGGGUCAGCUUUCAAUAUUGCAAGAGAAAAUAGACCAUUUGGAGCGCUUGCUAGCAGAAAAUAAUGAAAUUAUUUCAAAUAUAAGAGAUUCUGUGAUCAAUUUGAGUGAAUCUGUCAAGGAUGGACAACGUACUCCAGAAGUAAUAAACUUCAGUCAAGGAAAUUUCUCAGAGCUAUCACCUCUGUCCCCUAUGUACCUCUCAGUAGAUCCCGAAGAUUGCCAAUUUGCUUUAAUAAGUGGAAGCCACACUUCAGAUGUACAGAUGCCAGAAGUCUAUGAUAUUCUUCCUUUUGAUAAUCCAGAUGGUGGAGUUUGGAAGCAAGGAUUUGACAUCACAUACGAUGAACAUGAAUGGGAUAAUGAGCCUCUUCAGGUUUUUGUUUUGCCCCACUCACAUAAUGAUCCAGGUUGGCUGAAGACAUUUGAUGACUAUUUCAGAGAUCAGACACAGCAUAUUCUCAAUAACAUGGUAUUAAAGCUGCAAGAAGACAAAGGGAGGAAAUUUAUGUGGUCUGAAAUCUCGUAUUUCUCAAAGUGGUGGGAUGGAAUAGAUAGCCAAAAGAAGGAUGCUGUGAAAAGGUUACUAGAAGAUGGACAGUUUGAAAUAGUAACAGGAGGAUGGGUCAUGCCUGAUGAAGCUUCUCCCCAUUAUUUUGCUUUGAUUGACCAGAUGAUUGAAGGACACCAGUGGCUAGAGAAGGCCCUAGGAGUAAAACCAAAAUCUGGCUGGGCAAUUGAUCCGUUUGGUCAUUCACCAACCAUGGCUUAUCUUCUGAAACGUGCUGGAUUUUCCAAUAUGCUUAUACAGAGAGUCCAUUAUUCAGUUAAAAAGUAUUUUGCAAUCCAGAAGACACUAGAAUUUUUUUGGAGACAAAAUUGGGAUUCGGGAUCCAGUACAGAUAUUCUCUGCCACAUGAUGCCUUUUUAUAGCUAUGAUGUUCCUCAUACUUGUGGCCCAGAUCCUAAAGUUUGCUGCCAGUUUGAUUUUAAACGCUUACCUGGUGGCAGAGUCAAUUGUCCCUGGAGAGUUCCUCCUGAAGCUAUUCAUCCUGGAAACAUUCAGCAUAGGGCUUGGAUGAUUUUAGAUCAAUACAGAAAGAAGUCAAAGCUCUUUCAUACCAAAGUUUUGUUGGUUCCAUUAGGAGACGAUUUCCGCUACACUGAAAGUUCAGAAUGGGAUCAACAGUAUCAGAAUUAUCAGAAGCUUUUUGACUAUAUGAAUUCUCAUCCUGAGUUGCAUGUUAAGGCUCAGUUUGGGACGUUAUCAGAUUACUUUGAGGCACUACGAAAAGCUGGUGGUUUGGACGAAAGGACAGGUAGUUCAGUGUUUCCUAUUUUGAGUGGUGAUUUCUUCACUUAUGCAGACAGAGAUCACCACUAUUGGAGUGGAUAUUUUACAUCACGGCCUUUCUACAAACGACUAGAUAGGAUUUUAGAGUCAUAUUUAAGGGCUGCUGAAAUUCUUUAUUCUUUGGCCUUGGCACAGUCUAAAAAAAAUGAAAGAAUGAAAGUAUUUCCUUCAGUGGAGCACUACAAGUUACUGACAGAGGCUAGGAGAAACUUGGGACUCUUUCAGCAUCAUGAUGCUAUCACAGGAACUUCUAAAGAUUGGGUUGUCGUUGAUUAUGGGACUAGGCUUUUCCAUUCAUUAAUGAACUUGAAAAAAAUCAUCAUUGAUUCAGCUCAUGUUCUUAUUCUAAAGGAACAAGAAAUAUAUAGUUACAACCCAUCAACUCCGUUCUUUACAAUGGAUGAUGUUCAGCCUUCACAAGACUCUCUGCCACACAAGACUGUCAUAGAUCUGAAUAUGCAGCCAAGGUACCUCAUGCUUUAUAACCCUACAGAACAAGAGCGUUUCUCAGUGGUUUCAGUCUAUGUUAAUACACCUAAAGUUAAAGUACUGUCCCCUUCUGGAAAACCAGUGGUAAUCCAACUUGGUGCAGUGUGGGAUGGAUCUGCUAGUAUAUCACAUGAAGCAUAUCAGAUCUCUUUUAUGGCUCAUGUACCACCUCUGGGUUUUGGAGUUUACCAGCUUCUGGAGGGAUUAAAUACAGAAACCAUACUGGCGGAUUAUAACCUCUAUCACACUGAUAAAUCUAAACUAAUCAAGCCCCAAAGAAUUUUCAACAUUAAAGAGAUACAGAAUGCUUUGGAUGAGAUCAUGUUAGAGAACUCUUACAUGAAAGUCUGGUUCUCUGGAAGUUCUGGGCUUCUGGAGAAAAUAAAUACAAAAGAAGAUAAUAAAAAUCAUCGUAUAAAAAUGGAGUUUGUUUGGUAUGGAACUACAAGUAACAGAGAUAAGAGUGGAGCUUAUCUCUUUCUGCCGGAUGGAGAGGCCAAGCCGUAUGUCUUUUCUGAUCCACCUGCCAUACGAGUAACACAUGGGAAGAUUUUUUCUGAAGUUACCACUUUUUUCCAUCAUUUGACUCACACAGUACGACUUUAUAAAGUUCAGGGGCUAGAAGGCCAGUCUCUGGAAAUAUUCAAUAUUGUGGAUAUUAGAGGAGAAUACAAUCGUGAGAUUGCAAUGAGAAUUUCAUCUGAUAUAGAAUCCCACAAUAGAUUUUACUCAGAUCUCAAUGGAUAUCAGAUUCAGCCAAGGCAGACAAUGAGCAAAUUGCCUCUUCAAGCAAAUUUCUAUCCAAUGACCACAAUGGCUUAUGUCCAGGAUGCCAGGGUUCGUUUGACCCUUCAUUCUGCUCAGUCUCUUGGAGUUGCAAGUUUGAAAAGUGGUCAAUUAGAGGUCAUUAUGGAUCGUCGACUUAUGCAAGAUGACAACAGAGGCUUAGGACAAGGUGUACAAGACAACAAAAUCACAGCUAACUUGUUUCGACUUCUAUUGGAAAAAAGGAAUGGAGUAGACUUGAACGAAGAAAAGUCAUCAGUCAGCUAUCCUUCUCUUCUUAGUUACAUAACAUCAUCUUUCAUGAAUCAUCCUGUGAUUCCAAUGGUUACCUAUGCAGGCACAGGUAUUCCACCAGUUUUGAAUACCUAUUCUCCUCUAACUUCAUCCAUGCCCUGUGAUAUACAUAUGGUUAACCUGAGGACCAUACAGUCAAAGGCUGAUCCAGGGCCAUCUGAUGAAGCAGCACUGAUCCUUCAUAGGAAGGGAUUUGAUUGUAGAUUUGCAAACACAAACCUGGCACUUGGUUGCUCUACAACUCAGGGAAAGCUGACAGUGCACAAACUCUUCAAGUUCCAUGUGGAAAGUCUUACACCUACAUCUUUAUCUUUGAUGCAUUCCCCUCCAGAUGCCAGAAACAUGAGUGAAAUCAGUAUGAGUUCUAUGGAAAUAAACACAUACAGAAUUCAGCUGAGAUGAAACUUGGCUUUAGAACUCGGAUACUAAAAAAGUAAUCUGCAGCUUUUUGUCUUCUCAAAGAUCAGUGUGCAAUAAGAAGCACAUUUUUAUUCCAGCUUCUGGAUACUGUGACAGUACAUGCAUUCUAGAAUUUAUUUGAUCCAACACAGUAAAAAGCCAUGAUGCAAGAAACUCUUUUUCUCUCUUAAUAAAAACACCAACUUCAGUAUAAAAAUGCAACAAGUGUUGAAAAAACAAAGGAUGCUAUUAACAAAGUGAAUCUCAGGUUAAACAUUAGUUUUUGAAUUCUGAAUUUAUGAUUUUGUGUUUGAAAGGGAGGGGAAACAUGUUUUAAAUUGUUUUGUUGUUCAUAGGUGAGUCUAAAUAUAGAGUGCUGAAAUCCCAGACACAAGGAAUUAAACCUAAAAAUGCUCUGGCAAAGCUGUUGUCCAAAUACUUAUAAAGACUAUAAAUGAGAAAACUUCAGUCUGUUCCAAAUAGAGUCUGAAUUUAUCCCACUCUAGAGGUAGAGUGAAGUGCAAGAGCCUUUGAUUUGCGUGUAAUCAUAUUUAAUCUUAUUGUCCUAGCAUCCUGAAGUGCAGAACUUACUUUUUGGAAUUUUAGAUUAAUCUUUCCUUCAAAUAUAUAAAACAAUUUUCUUUUUGUUACUUGACACAUUGGGAUAUGUGCAAUUACUCCAUUAGGUAGAGUAAGGAAAUUCAUGUAAUUUCAUGAAUACAAGAUUUUUUACAGAACAUUUGGAUACUAACACUCUCUGAAAUGUGUUUUCUACUUCAAGAUUACCAUAUCAAAAUAAAUGUGCCUUAUUUUUUUAUAUGUCUUGUUACUCCUUUGGUGUCCAUGCAGUAUAUUCUUUUGGAGGGGGUGGUUGUGGUUUAGAAUGCCAUUAAACCAUGUAUCUUUUAUUUGACAAUGAAGGCCACAUUCUUCUCUCCAGCACCAAAUUUGUCUCGAUGGUGUUCUGAAUGCUCUGUCUAUUUGAAUGUAGAGAACUAAUGUUAUAAAGCAAAGCAAUGGAGGAGUAAAUAGCACUGUAAAAUUCAGCUGCUAUCAACUUCAACAGACACAGAUUUGAUGGCAUGUAAGGCACACCAUUUGUUAAAAGAUAUCAUGCAAUGUGUAUUGUAGGAAAUAGUACACUGAGAAUCACGUGCCUAUAUAUACAAAGUCUGAAUCUUUCCAGCUAUUUUUGUAAACAUUUGGCACCUCUAAGCAUUCAAAGCACCAUAGGGGUACUGGGCCUAAGGAAAGGAAUGGGAAUCACAGGCAAGAGUCCUAACAUAUAUUAAAAAUCCAGUGUGUGAACUCCACACAUGCUUAUGUUGCCAUGCCAAUAUUUGUUGUUGAGGUUAUACCUUCUUCAAAAAUGUUUAUUUUCACAUCAAGUAUAUAUUGAGUUCUUGAGCCAUGUGGGUUUGAAAAUUCCAAAUCCCUGAAUAAAACCACUGUUUACAAUUAAAGUCUACUCAUUUGCAUUUCA